ACAAAGAGCGCACCUUCCUCUCUCCUUCUUCGUAAAAAAUCCAAGUUCCCCUUUUAAAAGGGAGCCUCUCAUUUCUCAUUUCAUUCUUCUUCUAAAAAACCCAGCCAACCACUUCUCUCUCUACUUCUCCUUCUCCUCAAAACCUCCAAACUAGUUUCAAUCUUUUAAAUCUUUCCUCCAAAGCUUUAUCUUCUUUUCUAGGAAGAGAUAGAUGUGUGGCGCAAAGAGCAACCUUUGCUCUUCUAAAACCCUAACUGAAGUCGAAUUCAUGAGGCAGAAAUCUGAAGAAGCAGCUACCACCGCCGCAACCGCCAUGUCUCUCCUCGAAUUCGCCGCCUGCGACGAUCUUUCAUCGUUCAAGAGAGAGAUCGAAGAGAAACCAUCGAUGGAGAUCGACGAGGCAGGGUUAUGGUACUGUAGACGGGUCGGGUCGAAGAAGAUGGGUUUCGAAGAGAGAACACCUCUUAUGGUUGCUGCUAUGUAUGGAAGCAUGGAAGUGUUGAGUUACAUAAUCGCCACGGGAAGAUCUGAUGUGAACAGAGUUUGCAGUGACGAGAAAGUCACUGCUCUUCACUGUGCAGUUUCUGGCUGUUCUGUCUCUAUCGUUGAGAUCAUCAAGAUCUUGCUUGAUGCUUCUGCUUCGCCUAAUUGCGUUGAUGCUAAUGGGAAUAAACCGGUUGAUUUGUUGGUUAAAGCUUCCCGGUUUGUUCCUAACCAGAGUAGAAAGGCGGUUGAGGUUUUGCUUACCGGGAAUCAUGAUGGUUCGGUUGGUUUGAUGGGAGAUGAUGAGGAGGAGGAAGUGAAGAGUGUUGUGACUAAGUAUCCAGCUGAUGCGUCGCUUCCUGAUAUUAACGAAGGUGUUUAUGGAACUGAUGAGUUUAGGAUGUUUAGCUUUAAGGUUAAGCCGUGUUCGAGGGCUUAUUCUCAUGAUUGGACUGAGUGUCCUUUUGUUCAUCCUGGUGAGAACGCUAGGAGGAGAGAUCCGAGGAAGUAUCCUUACACUUGUGUGCCCUGUCCUGAGUUUCGUAAAGGGUCUUGUCCCAAAGGAGAUUCCUGUGAGUAUGCGCACGGUGUUUUCGAGUCUUGGCUUCACCCGGCUCAGUAUAGGACUAGGCUUUGUAAAGAUGAGACGGGUUGUGCAAGGAGGGUAUGUUUCUUUGCUCAUAGACGUGAUGAGUUGAGACCUGUUAAUGCUUCCACUGGCUCUGCGAUGGUUUCACCGAGGUCGUCUAACCAGUCUCCUGAGAUGCCGGUUAUGUCUCCUUUGGCACUUGGAUCAUCGCCAAUGAACUCACCUAUGGCUAGUGGUGGUGUUCCUUUGUCUCCAAGAAAUGGUGGAUUAUGGCAGAACAGAGUUAAUAGCCUUACACCACCACCUUUGCAGCUUAAUGGCAGCAGAUUGAAGUCGACUUUGAGUGCUAGAGAUAUGGAUAUAGAGAUGGAACUUAGGUUUCGCGGUUUGGAUAACCGGAGACUUGGUGAUCUCAAGCCAUCCAACCUCGAAGAGACUUUUGGAUCAUACGAUUCAUCUGCUGUGAUGCAACUUCAGUCACCAAGCAGACAUUCUCAAAUGAACCACUAUCAUCCGUCUUCCCCUGUGAGGCAGCAGCCGCCACCUCACGGAUUCGAAUCUUCAGCAGCCAUGGCAGCUGCAGUGAUGAACGCAAGAACCUCAGCGUUUGCAAAACGCAGCUUGAGUUUCAAGCCAGCUCUAGUAGCUGCUUCUAAUGUCUCGGAUUGGGGAUCACCAAAGGGGAAGCUAGAGUGGGGAAUGCAAAGAGAAGAGCUGAACAAGCUGAGGAGAAGCGCCUCCUUUGGCAUUCACGGGAACAACAACAACAACAACAACUGUGUGUCACGCCCUGCGAGAGACUAUAGCGACGAGCCAGAUGUGUCGUGGGUGAACUCACUGGUGAAAGAGAAUGCACCGGAGAGAACCUUCGGGUUGAAUGAGAGGGUUGGGAACACGGUGAACGGUGCAGCAGGUAGAGACACAUUUAAGCUGCCGUCGUGGGCAGAGCAAAUGUACAUAGACCAUGAGCAGCAGCAGAUUGUGGCAUAAGUAAAGAAGCAGGGAAGAAAGAUGGGAUAAGAUAAAAAAAAAAACUGCUUUUGUCUUAUGGGCCUCUCUCUACACAGAAUCUAACAAAUCUCUGGCAAUAAUUCUUUGAUUUGUGUUUGACCCAUAUAGUUUGGUACUAGUAUAUGUUAUUUUUUUCUUUGUCAUUCUCUUGUCCUGUGUGGCACUAUGUAAUGAUUAAAAGCAAAAUAAUUGAUGCAUGAGUUCAAACUUCAAAAUGUUCUUUGAAGGUUCUUAUUAGCUUUGUAACUUUUGUGAUAUAUCAUAAACUUAAAUGUAAUCUUUUGAAUGAAAUUGAAUAGUCCAAGUGCUGCUGAGGCAAA